AGCUGUCAGAGAGAUAGAGAGAGAUAGACAUAGAGCUGCUCAAACACUGCAAGACCUGUUCGAAAGCACACGCGCCAUGGAGGCUGGAGCGAGAGGGAUGCACUGGAAACUUUUGCUACUUUCGUGUCUUUUGGCCGACGGGAUGAGCCAGGACUUCGGACAGACCCAGUUCAUUUGCACGUCCGUGCCCAAGGAUAUGGACAUAUGCGCGGCCACUCUGCAGAACAGCGUGCCCGGGGAGGAUCUCAAGAGCACGGUCAUGCAACUGCGCGAGACUGUGCUCCAGCAGAAGGAGACCAUCAUGAACCAGAAAGAAACCAUCCGGGAACUGACCUCCAAGCUGACGCGGUGCGAGAGCCAGAGCGCGUCCGAGCCGGGAGACGCGCGGGUCGGCGGCGGACGGCGAAAGGAAACGGGCACCAAAAACACAAUGGGAGAUGUGUCGAGGGGUCCGACCGACACACUGGCGCAACUCUCGCAGACUUUACAAUCGCUGAAGCAGAGGCUCGAAAACCUGGAGCAAUUUAGCCGGAAUAACAACUCGGUCCAGGCGAACAGCUUGAAGGAUCUCCUGCAGAGCAAAAUCGACGACCUGGAGAAGCAGGUCCUGUCCCGGGUGAACGGUCUGGAGGAGGGGAAGCCGGGCAUGCGCAACGAGAGCGAGCAGCGCGGGCGCGUCGAGUCCACGCUCACCUCACUGCACCAGAGGAUUACCGACCUGGAGAAAGGUCAAAAGGAUAACCGGCCUCUGGAUAAGUUCCAGCUGACGUUCCCUCUGAGGACGAACUACAUGUACGCUAAAGUGAAGAAGAGUCUGCCGGAGAUGUACGCCUUCACCGUCUGCCUGUGGCUCAAGUCCAACGCCUCACCUGGAGUCGGGACGCCGUUCUCUUAUGCCGUCCCAGGACAGGCCAACGAACUGGUGCUCAUAGAGUGGGGGAACAACCCAAUGGAGCUGCUCAUCAAUGACAAGGUUGCUAAGCUGCCGUUCCUGAUAAACGAUGGGAAGUGGCAUCACAUCUGCGUCACCUGGACGACUCGAGACGGCGUGUGGGAAGCCUAUCAAGACGGAGUAAUGAGGGGAAACGGGGACAGCCUCGCCCCGUACCAUCCAAUCAAACCACAGGGGGUAUUGAUCCUGGGACAAGAGCAGGACACUCUCGGCGGAGGGUUUGACGCCACUCAAGCGUUCGUCGGCGACAUGGCCAACUUCAACAUCUGGGACCGAAAGCUGUCGGUGGGCGAAAUUUACAACCUGGCCACGUGCAGCAGCAAAGCGCAAGUGGGCAACGUGUUCUCCUGGUUGGAAACCAGCAUCGAGAUCUACGGAGGAGCUUCCAAGUGGACAUUUGAAGCCUGUCGCCAACUGAACUAAACAAACAAAACAAAACAAAAAAUAUACGAGCACAGAAAUCUCCCAGCCGAUGAGAGAUACGAGUUACCAGGUGUCUGUUACCAAAUCAUCCAUCUUUAAAAGAAACAUUCGCAAUCAAGAACCGACAUGGAAUUUUCUAGAUGUUUAAUAUUCCUCGUCUCUUAACACUUCUCUUGAAAAACAAUCACGUUUCGUUGUCGUUUAUUUGAAGGAGGAAAUAAUGAAAGGUUUAAGCGUGAUGGCACUGUGGUUUUUUUUUUGUUCGCUCUUCUCUGGUCGUUCGUUGGGGGCAAGCAAUGCCUUACCGGAAAACUACUUAAACACGAUUAUGACGUCCGUCUUUACAACUUGGAUCAUUCGUAAAUAACAGGAAGCCAUGUAGUCUUUGCGAGUAGUUUUCUUCGAACCACUUAGCGUUACCGUCUCCGUCAGGAUUAUUAGCUAGAUCUAACCCACUGCCUGGGAUACUCACUGUGAACUUUUCGGAUGUAGAAUGUAAAACGAGCAAAGAUGAGUGUGUUUCGUUUUUUACUUUGAUUUCUUUCCUCAUGCUUUUGUUGUGUAUGAUCACUUUCUGCUUCGAGCUUUUUUUUGUUUGUUCUAUUUUUGGUUGUGCGUGUGUGUGUGUGUGUAUGUGUGUGUGUGUGGGUUUGUUAAAAAUUGCCAACAUAUUUCAAGCCUGGGUGCCUUGGGCUGUUGAAAAAAAGAUCACAUUUGUCAUUAUUUGCAGUGUACUUCUAUUUAUCUGUUGUUUUUCUUCGAUUUUUUUUUUCCUUGUGUAACUACUGAUUACACCUCGUAAUGAUUCAAAUGUGGACAGGCUGGCGAAUCCAAGUCGUUUAAAUCGUGGUGUGUUUUUGGCAGGUGUUUGUACUUUUCAAGGAAUGUUACGUGUACAGAAAAAACAGCAUGAACAUCGAAAUGCUGCAACAGCAUCAAUGGAAAACUGCUUUUAUUAGCUCUUUUUGGGUUGAGAUUUUAUACUGUAUUGUUAUAUGCUAAAAGCAUGGCAGCACUGAAAGAUGAUAAAGGUCUAAAUUUUGUAAUAAAAUUGUUAUACCAAAAACAAAA